AUGGCAGCGACCGAGAUGCAGCUCGAAGACUGGCUGGACGACCUCUGCGUCCGCUUCAUCAUCAAUCUUCCUCAAGAAGAUCUCUCUUCUGUUGCCCGAAUAUGCUUCCAAGUCGAGGAGGCGCAAUGGUUCUAUGAAGAUUUCAUCAGGCCACUUGACCCGACUUUGCCUUCAAUGUCGCUGAGGACCUUUUGCCUGCGAAUCUUUCAACAUUGCCCGUUGCUUGCAUCCUUCUCCGUUGAGAACCAUACCAAGGCAUUCGAGGAGUUCCUUCAGUACAAGACCCGAGUCCCAGUCAGAGGCGCUAUCAUGCUCAACCAUGCCAUGGACUCUGUGGUAUUGGUCAAGGGCUGGAAAAAAGGAGCGAACUGGAGUUUCCCGCGCGGUAAGAUCAACAAAGAUGAGGAUGAUCUAGAUUGUGCCAUCCGCGAGGUUUAUGAGGAGACUGGUCUUGAUCUUCGUGCCGCCGGUCUCGUACCCACUGAGAAGAAGCCCAAAUAUAUUGAGAUUUCAAUGAGGGAGCAGCAGUUACGGCUUUACGUUUUCCGGGACAUUCCUAUGGAUACCAAGUUCCAACCGCGGACUCGCAAGGAAAUCAGCAAAAUCCAAUGGUACAAGCUAUCAGAACUUCCCGCGUUCCGCAAGAAAGGCGCCCAAAACCAGAAUGAUACUGGUAAUGGACCAGCUGUGAACAAGUUCUACAUGGUUGCCCCAUUCCUUGUCCCCCUGAAAAAAUGGAUUUAUUCGCAAAAGAAAUUGAACGACAAAAGAGCAACAAGCGGAGCCCAUGGCCAUUUACCCCAUUACCCAGCCGUUGACGAGGUCGCCACAACCGAAGACGAUACAUGGGCACCCGGUAACCCUGAGAAGCAAUCACAUGUGCCUGCUAUUGAAACCCUCGAUGGGGCAACCCAAGAGCUACAGAGGCUGUUGAAAAUGCAGCCUCCUACUCAGGGGCUCCAAUCCCCGCCCCAAGAAGAUAAAGGCACAGCUCUCCUCUCGAUUCUUCAAUCUAAUGCUAGUCGUCCGGCACCGCCGACUCACCAGAACGUUCCAUUGCCGCACACUCCUCUGGAUGCUACGAUAUCCGAACCUCCUCAACCACGGAAUCCCCAUCACCACGCUAAUUUGAAUCCCAUCCAUGUUCAGUCACACCAGCCUCCGCCUUCUUUCCCGUAUGCUCCAGACCAUGAAACUGUGUCCUGGAAUCCGAACCAGCCGCCCCACUCGCAGCAACAUCAUAUCGAUACGACCAGAAAUCAGCAACCAGGCCAGUACCAACUUCCGUCGGCUCACUCACAGACCCCGCGACGCCAGGCCCAAGAAUCGAUGCUUCAGAAUGACUCAUUCCAGAAUCAACCUGCGCUUCAGCUUGUCGGGACCCUGCCAAAUAUUGCAACCGGGCUUGCGUCAUUGACUAGUCUACAGAACAGUCAGAUGUCUGCUAGUCCUGGAUCCGCGAAACUUAGCGGAGCAUCCCUUGCUCUUCUCAAUGCUUUCAAACGGGAUACUGGGACUACGCAGGAAAACCAAGCCGUUAUGAACCCACCAGGUACUGGUCAUGCCGCUCCGCCUAGUGCUCAAAGUUCCCCGUAUUAUAGUACAUCCAUUCCCUCGCUUAAUCUCCUGGGCGACCAUUCGAGUCGUCCUGCAGAGCAAACAAAUGUCUCAGAAUUGGUUGGGUCUUCUGUCCAGCCCAAAGGAGAUCCGCAUCGCUCUGCUCUUCUGGACAUGUUUAAAAAGAGCCCUCCAAAUACUACAGCAAACCAAUCCCAGGUUGGAGCUACGCAGGAAAAUCGACAUGAAAUCACCAAACAAUCCACAGGACAGCCAGAACAGGGCGAACAUAUGUUCCUCCGGCAAUUUCAGGCCAAUCGUGGCCCACCUAACGAGCACCUCUCUCUUGAGCAGCCGACUCUUCAGUCCAAGUCAAGUCAACCAGCUUUGCCCUCGCCUCAUGUUGGAGAGAGCCCAAGCGCCCAUCAUCACAAGUACCAAUAUUCUCAGCCACCGCAGCCGCAGCCGCAGCCGCAACAACCUGCUCGAUCGCCACUUGUCUCUGGUCACGGACAACCGCCUCAGCCACCCCGCAUCCUUCAACGGGGGCAGCGUCUCGACGAUAUCUCUUCCACGGCCCGUCAACGCGAAUUGUCUCCAAAAACCUCCCCAUUUGGCGCGCAGAAUGGUGCACAUCGCUUUCCUACGGCUGCCCCCGAGUCUUCCCUGAUAGCCAACACUGGGGAUCACACCCGCCGCCCUGAUGAUACUCGCGAACAAAAGCAACAGCUGUUAUCUUUAUUUGGAAAGCAACAAAUCCCAGGAGGCACAGCACCAGCUUCUGGAACGGAUUCUAGACAAGGCGCCGACCCUCCAUCGCCGAGAGUCUCAUCAAUGGCAUCUAGAGGCGGGGAGACGCCCAUCUCCCCUGCUGAACAAACCUUCUUGUUGGACUAUUUGCAGUCUGUUACCAAUAAUGCCGGACGUCGAUAA